GCCAAGCGCUCACUGGGAAGGAGAGGCUGGAGAGCGAGAGCACAGGAGGAAGGAACCAGAUGAAAAGGCAGGCGUUUUGGUCAACACUCCUUUGAUUUUUGUAUAUUCGUAGCAAAUGUUUUUAAAAAAUUACUCAUAGAGGACAAACCAAACAAUUCAGGAUACCAAAGGCUCAGUGUCAACUAUUUUUGUGUGACGACCGUCGACAGCAUCCUCCGCUCGACCGCCGUAACGUCGUAACGUGUGACCGUAGUCACGUCUGUCGGUUCCUGCGGUCCUCUCUGUGACUGUACUGCCGUUCCAGCGGACCCACGAUGUGCUGCACAGGAAAGUGCGCCCGGCUCAUAGGCCUGAUUCUGCUGCCCUCGGCCUUUGCCUGCAUGAUCUCCAACCUACUGCUGUUCUUCCCCAACGCGGAGCAGCUGGAGAGUGACCAGAUCUCACUGCAGGUCUGGCUCAUGGGAGGCCUCAUCGGAGGGGGGCUUUUUAUGCUGUGUCCCAGCUGCUCUGCUAUUAGAGCAGGGGGAAAGGGUUGCUGUGGAACUGGUUGCUGCGGAAACCGUUGCCGGAUGCUGAAUUCGGUGUUCUCCUCCGCGUUUGGUGUGGUGGGAGCGAUCUAUUGCACGAGCGUCGCGUCAGCAGGCCUGGCCAUCGGCCCCAAAUGUCGGAUCAAUCCAGACGAGUGGGCCUACCCGUUCGAAGAUCUUGAAGCCACCAACGGGACGGGGUACCUGAUGGAUAAGAGCCUGUGGAGCUUGUGCGAGUAUCCGAAGGACAUCGUGCUGUGGCACAUCGUGCUGUUCUCCAUCAUGCUGUGCCUGGGGCUCCUGCAGAUGGCGCUGUGCGGCCUGCAGGUCAUCAACGGCUGCCUGGGCUGCCUGUGCGGGGACUGCCGCGACAGCAAGGAGGAUGACGGUGGAUUGUAAGAGAAAGCAGAGGAGCAGAAAAUGUCCAGAACAUGAUUUCCGUUA